AUGGAUAGGAGGCACAGAGACACCACGAGAUUGCGUCUGGGUCGCAUCGAGCGCCUCCGCGAGCUGGAGCGGGGCGCGUCAAACGGCGGCGCGGUGGGUGCCCUGCUCCUGCCCGGCUCAGACUCUGACUGCGGCGGCAACGACAGCGAUGGGACGGCGACGCCAACGAGGUAUCUAUCGCAGGUCCCCGACGGCGCCGUCAAGGAUGAGCGGGAUACGUCAGACACGAGCGCGAGAAUUGAUGAGGAGCUACACAAGUCGAAGCAGUGUUACACGUGCAAGGCUCGGUUCACUAAACUGCACCACUUCUACGCGCAGCUCUGUCCGAGUUGCGCCGGUAUCAACUUUGAGAUGAGAAACUUCAGCGCGGAUUUGACAGGGAAGGUCGCUUUGCUGACGGGAGCGAGGGUUAAGAUCGGGUACGAGAUUGGUCUCAAGCUGCUACGUGCCGGUGCGUCCCUGGUGGCCACCACGCGGUUCCCCGCCGACGCGGCGAGGCGGUACGCCGCGGAGAAGGAUUUUGACGAAUUCAGGCAUCGCCUCACCAUCCACGCGAUUGACCUCAGGGACGUGGCGGGGGUGGAACGCUUCUGCGACCACCUGAACGCGACGCUCCCGAGGUUAGAUAUCAUCGUGAACAACGCGUGCCAGACGGUGCGACGGCCGGCGAGCUAUUACGCGCACUUGCUUCCGCUCGAGAGGAGCGUGGAUGCGGCGCUGAGGUUGGGGAGCGCUUCACAGGAGCAUGCGAGCUUUGUGCCGCUGCUCGCAGACGAUGCGACCCGUCGAGCGAUGGAGAGCCAAUCCCCGUCGUCCGAAGCGUCUUCGUCUUUGCUUCCUUCACCCGAGAUGCUCGAAUCGGACUCCUACUAUCCAACCGCUGCGGAGCUCUCGCAGCUCAAAAUCGCCCCCGAGGAUUACGCGGCGACCUCUGCCGAUCUGCCGUCGGGUCAUCUCGACAUCAACGGCCAGCAAAUUGACCUGCGCUCGACCAACUCAUGGUUAUUGAAGCUUCAGGACGUGUCAAUACCCGAGCUCGUGGAGGUGAUGGCCAUCAAUGCCCUGGCUCCGUUCCUGCUAAAUUCAAGGCUGCAACCGCUCAUGGCAUCGACGCAGGGAAACAAAUACGUCGUCAACGUUUCCGCGAUGGAGGGCAAGUUCUACCGUCACAAAACCCCCAAUCACCCGCACACCAACAUGGCGAAGGCGGCGUUAAACAUGAUGACACGUACGUCGGCGAAAGACCUGGCUGAGAAGGAUGGGAUCUACAUGACGGCGGUGGAUACUGGAUGGAUCAACGACGAGAACCCAAGGGAUAAAGCCGCGAGGAUAGCCGAGGCUUCCCACUUCCAGACUCCGAUAGAUGAGGUGGAUGCUGCCGCGCGAGUGUUGCAUCCGGUGUUCCACGGAGUUUCCACCAAGGAGCCCCUCUACGGCGUGUUUUUGAAGGACUUUAUUGCGACGGAGUGGUGA